AUGGAACCACCUUCUAUCCCUCCUACUGUUGUCCCAUCUCAGGCCACUGAUGUACCAGGCUCAGACAAUGUGACUGCCAAGGUCCCGAUCUCGCCCCAAAUGGCUGCGCCCCCUAAAGUUCCCACCAUGGCACCAUCAGCUCCACUAACCGCUCCUACUGCGCCAUCAGGUGUUGCGAAGUCGCCUCCACAAGGCCCUGCUGCACGACCGCGUGCACCACCCACAGCUCCUCAAGCGGCACGAGUCAACGUUUCUCCAUCGUUCUCAAGGGCAACUCUACCACAGUACACUCCUCGAGAUGCAUCUCCCAGUGCGAAUCCUUCAGGGUUUGGUCCGCGUAAUGGUGGCGGAGGAGGCUCUACGAUCAACACGUCCCCGCAAAGCUUACCAGCGAAUAUACCUACGGGCCCCAAAGCUGACCGCACUCCGAUGGCUCCUAGGCCGCUUUCAUCCUAUCCGCAAUCGGACAGGCCGGGCUUUCCUCCCGCUAGAGGCCCAUUGAGCGGCGGUCCCAAGAGCAUGCAAUGGGUACGGCCUGGAUUUAAUUCGAGCCGACCGUCGGUGCCAACCAAGCGCGAAUUCCCGGCUGAGGAUCGUGAACGACCGUUCGGUACUGCCCCUAAAGCCCCUCGACUCGAGCAUAGCGUCUCUGCUGCACAGAUCCAGCGUAAUUCGCAAGCAAAAUCAGUAUCGCCAUCAUUUUCACGCAUUCAAACCGACAUCGAAAGACCGAGAGAACGUGCGGUAUCCGCAGAGCGUCCUGUGGUUCCCCCACCUAAACCUACUCCGAUCGAGACUAGGCGACACUCUGAUGUCGUCAUGGCAGAAGCGUCACCUCGAAUGGCCAAGCCACCCAUGUCGGCUGCGUCGUCCGCCCCGGAAGCUCUGCAAGACUCUGACGAUGACCUUGAUCUUGACGAGGAUGACUUCGCUGAGUCUGAGGCGAAAUACAACCGAGAGCGAGCACGUCUAGAGGCCAAACGGGUCGAUUUGAGUGCUCCGCAUUUGCGCGCUACAACUCCCUUGCAAGAAAUUGUUCUGCUGUCAUGCCUCAAUGUCGAGCAUCUCCCUCAGACACAGCCAGAUGUGGUGUCCGUCGAAGAGACAAGCACACCCUUUCCCCAGGAGCAGGAAGAGUCACAUCUUUCACCUGUGCAAGCACGUCCUAUGGAACCAACCACUACUCAACCCGCUCCAGAGAGUAUCACGGCAGAUCUACCGACACCUAAGGCGGAAGAGUCCGAGGAUGUCGAGAUGGAAGACAAAGAGGAGACUGAAGAGAGGUCGGCUGCACCCGCAACGAUGGCGCUUCGCCUACGACGUGAAACCUCUGCAGAGCAGGAAACCUUACCCGACCUCAGUUUGUUGCCCUAUCUAGGCUCAGGCCCACCAACGCCUCUAUCGGACAUUGGGCAAGACCGACCAAACCUAUCUGACGAUAUCAUGAACGCCAUUCGAAGCAAACUACGCAAGAGCAUCGAGCCUGAGCUUAACACUGAUCAGAUUCUCGAACGAUACGCAGCUGCGUAUAGAGCGUGGCGUGUGUCCAUCCGUCCCUUGGACGAAGAGCGCGAUCAAGAUGAUCAGGAUAGACAGCCGUCAGCCGAACCAACAAUGAAGGCCGUCACUCCCGAUGUACAAAAUGCUGCGAUGACAGGGAUUCUGGAUGGGUCGCUCGCUCCUACAGGCCGGAGGAGCCACGCGAGUCGAUGGGCUACUGAGCUUGAUCUGGAAGCUGUCAUCAAAGAGUCUUUGAAGACCGCCGAAGAGGAAAAGCUAGGGAAGAAAGACAAAGAGCCACGCAAAGCCAUGGCUGAUCCGGAGAAGGAGGCCGAUCUACCAUUGGAACUUACCGAGGCAGAGGCUCAGCGCAGAAGAUUCAUCGACACUAACUUCCAACGCGAACCCGGUCAAGGAAUCUUUGUGUUUCACUAUGAGCCGCCAGAGGAUGACUUCACCCCCGAGGAACACAGGGUCAUGGUACACAACUACAAGGAUCAAUACGCAAAGAAGUGGGGUAAGCUGGCCGAAGUUCUUUACAAAGAAGUUGGAACCGAACGUACCUACAAGGAUUGUAUCAAUCAUUACUAUGCUACCAAAUGGGGCAGAGAAUACAAGGGUAAACUCCGCAAAGCUCGGGCUCCCAGGAAGCGUGGUGGAGCCGUUGGUCGUGGUCGUGGAGCUAUCGCCAACAUGGACCGACCCGAAGGACCAGGAGAGGACGGUUUGCCCUUACCAGUCACUGAGACUGGGCGACCUCGACGCCAUGCGGCACCCAAAUUUGGCCCAACCGAAACUGAGUUCGACCCGAUCACAGGAAUGCCCAUACCAGGCCGAGCACGCAGGCAAACCGACGCCGACGACACGCAAGAAAAGGCCAUGCGGCGUGGAAAACCGGCGAAGGACAAGGUUGGCCGGAAGGCGAAGAAUACGCCACUCGCGGCCGUUCCUAUGGGCUCACCUGUCAAGGUCGAUCGCAAGGACAAGAACAUGGGAGUCAAGAUGGAGGACGACCUUGGCAAGCGGCCCAUGAAUGACAUGCCAAUACCCAUGCCACUUAUCCCUAUGGAGGAUCAGAUGAUGCUGGCCGGAGAUUUGCAGCAGCUUUCUGGCCUGCCUGGCAGUCUUAUGGAUCGACCGAAGACACAGGCUGGUGCAAGACCUGGCCCAUCUAGCUACUGGUCCGUCUCCGAGUUACAAGACUUCGAUAAGAAUGUUGCACACUUUGGCACGGACUGGAUUGCAAUUGCCAACCAUAUGGGCACCAAGACGCACACUAUGAUCAAGAACCAGUAUCUACGUCUUGUCGAAAGUGGCAAACUAGACUUGGAGCAGACAGCAAAAGAGGCAGAUGCUCGAAGGGAACGAGGUGAUGAUCUAGGUCCACCGCCAACACCGACUCCAGCACCCAAGAGACGAUACGAGAGCACACAAGCGGGACCUAUCCGCCCCAUCGCACCUACGCCUGAACAUGGGUCUCCGCCUCCGAACCCGCUUGUGCACCCAAAAUUAUCUCCUCCGCAUUCAACCCCUUCUUCGAGAUUCUCCACUAUCGCCCAAGCACCUGUGCAGAGCAAGCCCAUGGUGCCUCCACCCGGAUAUUCUGCCCUACCAGAGACUAGCCUGGCGUCUGUACCCUCGAUACCACCACAGCAGUCGCCGCCCGCUCCCCCUCAGCGUGCACCACCGCAGCAUCAUCACCAACACUCCAUGUCGCAGCAUAAGUCGCAGCCGCAAGGGCCACGAGCUGGAUACUUCUCCGAAGACCUACCCCCACGUUUCGAGUCCCGGCCACCUUCACAACCUGCAGGCAACCAACAGGCACACCGGCCAUUGCAACAACAUGCGCCUCCGCAGCCUCGCGUUCAAGAGCAACACCACUCGCCUCUCUAUCGUGGACUUCACUUUCAGGAGCGAGACGUUGCAGGUAGACCUGAAGUUCAGCAGGAGCAGGAGGCUCAGCGCCGGUUCCAUGAGCACACCCGUCGCAUCUCACAGGAGAUGUCACAGCAUAGACCGUUUGCUCCCGGUGGUGCACCGCCGAUCAUGCCGCCACAUCCUCAGCGCGGCCCACCACCUAUGCAAAACACACCUCCACCUGCAGUAACAAAGCCGGCUGUCGAACCACGCAAGUCUAACUUGAUGUCCUUACUGAAUGACACCGAUCCCGAGGAGCCCAGACGUAAGAAGCCAAGCGAACAAGGUCCGCCAUCGCAUACCUCUACACCUCUGCAAUCAGCACCAAUCGCGCCUCCUCCUCCCACGACGCAAAGCUACUCGUCAUCGUCAAGACGUCCGCUCUAUGAAGAUUCUAUGGCUGCUCAAUCUCCGUAUACCCGUCCAGCCUCGUAUGCUCAGCAGUCUUCACUUGCAAACGCAACGUCAAACAGGCCAAUUGACUUGACUGAGGACAAGCCAUCAAUUCUGCAGCCGAACCCAUACGCCCAAGUUGAUCCGCCGGGCAGUGGUGUCCCGCCACCUGGACCUAUGGGGAUGCGGCCCAGUCCGCACCUGUCGACAAGCCACAUAGCACAGCAGCAGAGGGACUCAUCCGGACGCAACGAUCAUUCGCAGGCCUCAAACGCAAACCUAUCGUACUCGAACCCACAAACGCCCAACGAGCAUCCAGCCCACCCUUUUCAAGGGUUGAGUAGACUGACGGAGCCUUAUCGUCCUCGCGAUCCUCGUGAGGCCCACGAUUUUGAUCCUCGUCACUCGGAUCGCGACACCAGCCGUCCUCCAAUGCACGAAGAUCUGCGAUACCAACCCCAAGAUCGGGGAUACCUCUCGCAACGCUCACAGACUCCGCUUUCUAGGCCGGAGCACGGCCAGCCUCCACCUUUGCAGCAUCCUCCGCACUCGUCUCUCGGAGUAGCGAACCACUCUCUUUAUGGCCAGCGCCCUCCCGAGGAACCACAACAUCACUUCAUGCGCAACCCUCGUGAUCGCAGCAUGACGGACCGUAUCCGCGAGGAGCAAGCCCAAGCUCAAGCUCAACACCAGGCAGCGAUGAAUCGAGAAGAGCAUAUGCGAAGAGAGGCUGAACAAAACUCAAGAGAACGUGAGAUGCGCGAACGAGAUGCACGAGAUGCGCACUACAGGGACAGCAUCAUGCGAGGAAGACAAGAUAUGAGGGGUCCACCGCCGCCACAACCCAGUUCAGGGCCAGGAUCAAUCCACGACCCUCGGCCACCUACAGGACCUAUGGACUGGACGAGCGGUGUAAGGCAUCCGCAGGACCGUGGUCCAUGGCAACGCUAG